CUUUCUUUUCACGGUACAUCCUCGCGAUAUCCUCAAAAGACAAAUGUCCAGCAGCCUGGACGCCCUUAUUGACGCGUUCGCGCUAUUGAGAUUUGUUGUGCAAAGUCCUCUACCACGUGAACAACGUCACGCCGUGCCACGUCCAUCUGUCUUCUAUCUUCUUUCCCCACACCCAUCAUGACCUCCGAAAUCAUGUACCGCCAGUACAUUGGCGAAUCCGACCUUCCCCACGUCAUGGCCCUCGUGCAAAACGAGCUCAGUGAACCCUACGUUAUAUACACCUUUCGUUAUUUCCUACACCAAUGGCCUCACCUAUCAUUCCUGGCGUACCCGAGCGAUCCGUCCAACUCGGAUCCAAUAGGUGUUAUCGUCUGCAAACAGAGCAUGCACCGCGAUACCUACAACAGAGGCUACAUUGCUAUGCUCAGCGUUAGUAAAUCCUGGCGAAAACGUGGAAUCGCUAGUGCGCUUGUCCGAAACUCUAUGGAUGCUAUGAAGGAGGACGGAGUCGAGGAGAUCGUAUUAGAAACCGAGUAUGACAAUCAUGCCGCGCUUUCACUUUACGAAUCCCUUGGCUUCAUCCGUGAAAAACGGCUCUAUCGCUUCUACCUGAAUGGCAAGGACGCUUUUCGGCUAAUUCUCAGAGUUCCACCCGACGAUAAUGUAGCUCCUGGCAAGGUUAAGAGAGGAAGUGUGUAUGGGGCUGUACAGGUAUCUGAUUAUACCGACGAUGAGGAUGACGAUGACUCAAGUGUGUCUGAGCGUUGAGUCACUAACAGGCAAUUUCAUCUCAUUUCUCGAUUUACCUCUUUUUGGUUUGCCUUACUUGGGUUGUAAGUUGUUGUUACCCCUUAUGCCUGUAGCAUUUGUAUUUGUACUAUAGAGACCACUCUACUCAACCUUCUCAAGCGAAUUCGAUAGUGCAAUUGAAACGAAGUACGCAGUA